AUGGCUAGCGCAGGAGAUGAGGAGGAUGGAGGGAUGGAGAAGGUCUGGGAGACAUUGAAGCCCGGGAGGGGUUCCCAGUGGGAAGAUUUCAUUGGAGACGUCUCUGUGCCCCUGUUGCCUGUACAGACGGGCACGACGAUAAAGGAAAGGACAUCACCCAAAUUACCAGGACCCUGGAAUUCCAGUUAUGGCAGCCCCUUCGUUUUAGAAGAAUGGAAGCCCCUUUCUACCCCGUUGGAGGAAGGAGAUAGAGACAUUGCACCAGUUCAGGAUAAAGGUUUAUUUGUCAGUUCUAUAAAUGUUCCACUGUUACCACUGCAAAUGUUGUCAAAUGAAAUUAUUGGGGAAAGGGAAGAACCCCAAUCUCAUAACAGCGAACCCUCACAGUUACAACGUUUUAUUAAAGGCACUGUACUUCAGAAGCUGGGUAAAGCUGAUGAAACAAAAGAUGAACAGUUUGAAGAGUAUGUUCAGAACUUCAAAAGGCAAGAGGCAGAAGGUUCCAGACUCCAGAAAGAACUCAGAGGAUAUUUAGCUGCAAUCAAAGGUAUGCAAGAUGCUUCAACGAAGCUUACAGAGUCUCUACAUGAAGUAUAUGAGCCUGACUGGUAUGGCCGGGAAGAUGUAAAAAUGGUUGGAGAGAAAUGUGAUGUGCUGUGGGAAGAUUUUCAUCAAAAGCUAGUAGAUGGGUCACUGCUAACUUUGGAUACAUAUCUGGGACAGUUUCCUGAUAUAAAGAACCGUAUUGCAAAACGGAGCAGAAAGCUGGUGGACUAUGACAGUGCAAGGCAUCACCUGGAAGCACUACAGAGUUCAAAGAGAAAAGAUGAAAGCAGAAUUUCCAAGGCAGAAGAAGAAUUUCAGAAAGCACAGAAAGUAUUUGAAGACUUCAACACUGAUUUGCAAGAAGAGCUACCAACUCUAUGGUCAAGACGAGUUGGCUUUUAUGUGAACACAUUCAAAAAUAUCUCCAGCCUUGAAGCCAAAUUUCACAAAGAAAUAGCUUUGUUAUGCCACAAACUUUAUGAGGUGAUGACUAAGCUGGGAGAACAGCAUGCUGACAAGGCCUUCACCAUUCUAGGAGCACCCAGUGAUUCAGGUCCGCUCCGCAUUGCAAAAACUCCAUCACCGCCUGAAGAGGCCUCACCUCCCCUUAGUCCUGAAGCUAGUCCAAAUCAUACUUUGGCGGCACCAGCUUCUCCAGCACCAGCACGGCCUAAAUCUCCCUCACAGCUGAGGAAAGGGCCUCCUGUCCCACCGUUGCCUAAGCUCACACCAACAAUAGAUCUGCAACAGGAGAAUAUCAUCAGCUUGUUUGAUGACAACUUUAUUCCAGAAGUAAAUGUGACAACUCCUUCACAGCAGAAUGAAGUUCUUGAACCUAAAAAAGAAGAGUCUUUGUUAGAUCUGGACUUUGAUCCUUUUAAGCCUGACACUGCAGCUACUGUGCCAGCCCAUUCACCAAUGUCCCAGACACUACCAUGGGAUCUAUGGACGACUAGCAAUGAACUGGUGCAGCCGGCCUCAACCAGUGCUUUUAAUGGAUUCACACAGGAUACAUCACUAUUCUCAAUGCAGUCAACACAGAAUGUGAUAGAUAAUGUGGCUGAGGCAGAAGCUCCGUCUUUAGAACUACACGCGGAGGAAGCCCCAAGUGAACCCGCUGCGGCGGCUGCGGCUGCUAUUACUGAGCCAGAAGCACAGCCUGUAGAGGCAGCUGAUGAGCCAGCAUCUGAAGCAGUGGAUGCUAUAGAAUCAGGGAUAGAGGAGACACCAGACCAUACUGAGAAAGCGUGUGAGUUACAGAUGGAUUCUGUGAUUGGUCCUACUGAAGAAAUGGGUGUUGAUGUCACUCCUGUACCUGAAGGUAGCGUAGCUGCUGUUGUUGCUGAAAGUGACAUACCUCACACUGAAGAAAAGGCAGAUGAAUCUCAGGAAAACCUCAGCAACAUCCCUUCAGUGGUAAUAGAGCCUGCAUCAAACAAUGAAGGGGAUGGAGAUCAUGAGGUUAUAGUGAAUGAAUCUAAAGAUGCUGUGGAAGAUACUGGCACUCAGGACACUGAAGCUGGUGAACCAUUAGAGGCUACAAAUGAGCCAAAAAUAAUCAAAGAAGUCCAGCCUGCAUCUUCUGAGGAACAGCCUGUUUCAGCAGAUGAUUGCAUGCCACCUGGCUUCCUCUUUAAGGUCGAAGCUCUACAUGACUUUGAGGCAGCCAACAGUGAUGAGCUGAACUUGGUGCGAGGCGAUAUUGUACUAGUAGUCCCAUCUGAAGCAGCUGCUGAUCAGGAGGCAGGCUGGUUAACAGGCAUUAAGGAAUGUGACUGGCUUCAAUACAGAGAUGUUGCUACUUAUAAGGGACUCUUCCCUGAGAACUUCACCCACCGUUUGGAGUAA